CAUGCCAGUGCUUUCUCACGCGCUUAUAGUCUUUGGGAUAGCGGGAUAGCGCCAAAAGCUUCAAAACAGUUCAACCUCUUCCGGUGUUUGCGUGACGUUGGACGCUUAGGACGUCAUCACAGUCACGUGGUAAGGGACGCAGCUCCAGCACAUUGUGUGGAAACAGUGGGAUUGUCUGCAGAGAGAGAGGGAGAGAUAGAGAGAGAGAGGGAGAAGAGAAGGAGAAGGAGAAGGAGAAGACGCUUCGGUGCAGAAAGUCCCGACACUGAAAUGAAGGCUUGUGCUUUAUGUGAGGAGCUGCAGUUGUGCUGGAGAGCCUGAGGUGAAGAAAAGAAUGAUGUUCUGUUGCAAGUCGUCUCCUGCUUCUUGUGUCCAGUUUCAUACACCACUUGACCUGACCUCCACAAACACAUCAAGAGAUGGCACUGCUUCGGAAAGGCUUCAGAUAUCUGGAGAAAUCAAAUCUGAGAACCUGUCUUCAAAAGGAAUGAUGUUCUGUUACAAGUCGUCUCCUGCUUCUUUUGUCCAGUUUCACACACCUCUCGAUCUGACCACCACAAACGCAUCAAGAGAUGGCACUGCUUCAGAAAGGCUUCAGAUAUCUGGAGAAAUCAAAUCUGAGAAUCUGUCCCCAGUAAGUUGCAGCAGUCAGUCUGGUUCUCUCCUCCCAAAGACCUCACCCAAACUAACGUGGAAAAAAAUCCACCACUGCUCAGACUGUGGGAAGAGUUUUGCUAGACUGGGAGACCUCCAAAAACACCAGAGAAUUCACACUGGGGAGAAACCGUAUCAGUGCUCAGAGUGUGGGAAGAGUUUUACUCAAGAGAGUAAUCUCCAACAACACCAGCGCGUUCACACGGGAGAAAAACCGUACCACUGUACAUGGUGUGGAAAGAGUUUUACUCAUCAGCAGAAUUUCCAAACGCAUCAGCGAAUUCACACUGGAGAAAAACCAUAUCAGUGCUCACAGUGUGGAAAGAGAUUUACUCGCAAGAAUGCUGUACAACGACACCAGCGCGUUCACACAGGUGAGAAACCGUAUCACUGUAUGCAGUGUGGGAUGAGUUUUAGUGAGAGUGGUACUCUCAAAGAACACCAGCGACUACACACAGGAGAGAAUCUGUUUCACUGCUCAGAAUGCAGGAAGAGUUUUCAUCAGAAGAAAACUCUACAAGGACAUCAGCGCACUCACACCGGAGAGAAGCCAUAUUUCUGUACGGAGUGUGGAAAGAGUUUCAGUCGGAUGAAUACUCUACAGCAACACCACCGCAUUCACACAGGAGAGAGGCCGUUUCAGUGUUCAGAGUGUGGACAGACAUUUGCUCAACAAAGUACUCUCCACCGACACCAGCACAUUCACACCGGAGAGAAACCGUAUCAAUGCUCACUGUGUGGGAAGAGUUUUAAUCGCAAAAAUACUCUACAACUACACCAGCGUCUUCACAUAGGAGAGAAGUCCAGCACUGAGGAGAUAUACUAAGGAACUUCACAGUAAACACUGACAACUCGUAGCCUGUUCAAAGGCAAUAUAUUUGUAGCAUACCUGUCAAGUCGCAUGGUUCAGUUUUUUUGCCUUUAUUGUGUUCUCAAAUCUCAUGGGUUUUUUCCCACACUCAAAGCCACACUCAUACCAACAAAAAAUUUUGUUUCACAAUUUACUGCUCUGUUGCAGAGUGUCAUCUCAGAAACAACCGUUCCUGUUCCACCUAGCUAAGCUGGCCAUUUCGCGUGUCGAGUUAAAGCUCAUUGUGCACACAGUCUAGAUCUCCAAAAGUGGAUAGCAACCAGAUACGUGACAAAAUUUCCUGCUGAAGCGAGAGUUCAGUUUUCAAAGUCAAAACUAGGGGAAAAUUGUAAAGUGUGUAGGCGUUAUGUAAACACUCAGGAGUGUUCGACACUAAAAUAAAGAAUGAAGAGUAUGGGGACUGACGCACUCACUGCACUGCUGAAAUGGAAAUUAAUUAGUGUUACAAUACUGUGAUAACUCCAUUAAUUCUCAACAGAUGCUUUAUAUAAGCAUAAAAAAUGUUUGAAAAACAGCCAUCCCUAGUUUAAAAAGACGACAAUAACAAUAAAAGGAAAAGUGUGGAGAGCCUUUUCUUAGGGUUUCAGCACAACUCAAUAUUUUUAACAAAUUGUUCAGGGUUUCCAUCACCCAUCUCCAUAUUUCCUUUAUGGUUAGACUGGCAGGUAUGUAUGUUGUAGAUAUGAUCAGCUGGCAGAAAAAUCAGGAACAGUACAUGAGUUGUACAUCACUGCAUAAUUUCAGCCCACCCUCAUGUGCCGUGAGUCUUUAUUCAGUCGCUGUAUUCCUCCUGUUUAUCGUGAGGCUGUUUUUUAAUUUGUUGGUCACUGAUUUUCAUGCAGUGUUCUUAAAUAAAUAGAUUUGCAUAAGCAAUAAACAGGGUAGAAUUUUUUGUGGUACAAUGUGGAUGUUUUAUGUUGAAUCAUGCAUUUCAUUGAAGGACACAAGGCACUUAAAAAAAACCUUAAUUGAUGCCUUCUUGAUUGAUCAAUCCUUCAGUUGUGACCUGGAAAUCAGUCAAAGUCUGACAUCUUUAAGAGAAUGCUUUAAGAUACAUGGGCUUAUAAGGGGAGAUCUUAAAGGACUCCCAUGACAUGAGAUCCUGCAGUAGGUGUUUGGGGAAGUGUAGCAUAUGAGGAAACCAUCAAAAGGUUUUUAACAAGUUUAGGAGCUCCAGAAAUGCAUGCAUUGGUGCUGCUGGAGCAGCAGUGGAAGCAUUGGCAGCAGUGGAAGCAAAGGAUUUGUGGGCCGCUUUGGGAAAACAAGCAGGCCUGCUGACCUCUGUGCACUGAGGGGAAAGUCGGUAAUAGAGGAAGAAAUACCCAGAUCUGGGUCCAUUGUCCCAUCCUGGCCAGUGAGUUAUGUACAGUCAGGCUAACCAGAGGAGUUUUUACCACCGAAUCUCAUACCCCCCUGGUGAUUAAUACAUCUGACCAUCAUCACAUUGCUUGCACAAACAUGAUCUGCAUUGAAGGGCCAUCAGAAGGAAAACUUACCUGCAACCUCAUCACAGUAGUGAAAAUCUGAUGUGAGAGAAACAACAUCUAGAUAAGUCAGAGGCAUUUGGGAAACAAGUCCUGAUCAAAUAGAAAUGGAACUCUUCGUGCACAAUGACCAAAGGUAUGUUUGGAGAAAAAAGAGCAGCGUUUGAGGAAAACAGCAUCCUGCCAGCUGUUAAGCAUGGGGAUGGAUCUAUUCUGCUUUGGGGUUGUAUUGCAGCCAGUGACACAGAAAACAGUGCACAGGUAGAUGCAAGAACGGAUUCCAGUAAAUAUCAGCAAAUUCUGGAAGCAAAUGUGACUCAGUCAGUCAAAAGUGUCAGAAACAUUCCUCAAAAUCCACCAUGAACUUCUUCAAGAAAUGCAAGCUGAAGCUUCUGGAAUGGCCCUCACAGUAUCCUGACUUGAACAUCAUUGAAAAUGUGUGUAGAUCUUAAACAUGCUGUGCAUGCAAGACAGCCCAAGAAGAUCUAAAAACCAGAAGCAUUCUGCAAGGACAAGUGGGUGCAAAUUCAUUAAACAAGAAUAGAAAGACACCUAGCUGGCUACAAAAAACAUCUGUAAGCUGAUGUCUGCAAAUGGGAGUGUUACUAAAUACUGACCUAGUAGUGUUUAAUUUUUUCCCAGAAUUGUUCAUUUCAUAAUAUAUAAAGUAACUGUGCGUUAAUAUUUGCAGAAAAAAAUGUUAAUGUUGUUGUUGUUGUUGUUGUUUUUAAUGGUUUGCUGAGGAGGUUGUUUUAUUUCUCUUCUUCUAUUUCCAAAAAGCAACAAAACAUGUAAUUUGGGCAGGAGUGCCCAAACUUUUGCAUACAACUGUAUAUUUUAAGGUUUUACAUGAAGUGUUAGAACCUUGAGUUUGUCAAGUAAAAAAUAUAGCAUUUUUA